AAUUUCUGUUUCUUUCUCUAUCUUGAAAAUCUUUUCGAAAAUUGAUCUUCAGGCUAUGCAUAAACUUGCUUAGCACACAAAUCAAGUUUAGUAGAUCAGCCCAAAAUUUAUUCACAUUUCAUUUUUCUUACGAGAGGUGAACGUGAGUGAAACCCUCCUUUUAUGUUUCUGUUAUAAAUGUCACCAUCUAAUUCAUAUCAUAAUCCUUUUAAUUUCAUUUUAUAUUCAUAUCCCCUUAACUACUCGCCAUAAAUACAAAUAUCUUCUCAUAUAUAUAUGGAACCACAGAUAUAGAAUACACUAUGUAUAGAAUAUACUAUAGUGAAGAUCGAUAUAGUUGCAACAAAAAGCAUAGCAACAGCUAAGAAAUUGAACUGAAAUGGGUGUCAAGAUAGUUCCAUUUUUAUUCAUGACUACUUUAGUAGUGUUGAUUCUGGAACUAGCAGCUGUAUCGGGUUUUAGGGAUGGGGACAAGGUCUCUGCAGCAGCUUCUCUACAUGUGUUGCUGCCCAAUAGGUUUCCUACGAGGGCAAGAUCUCCGCCGCCUGCUCCUACGUUCAAUAAACAUCGAAAUUUCAGAUACAGAUGGAUUAUCCCUCCUCCUCCUCCUCCUCCAUCAUCUUCAUUGCCACUGCCAUUUUCAUCACCUCCACCCCCACCACCAUCACCACCACCACCACCAUCCCCACCACCGCCAGUGCCACCAAGAAAGUCAUCACCACGGCCAUACUAGCUAUGCAAUCGCACGUGAAUCACAAAGGAUGCGGUGAAGGGUUGCUACCCAACAGGCUACCUCUUAGGGCAAAGUCUCCCCCGCCACCUCCUACCAUCAAUCCACGUUCAUUACCACUGCCAUAUUCACUUCGACCACCACCACCACCGUUCCCUUCUUCACCACCACCAGCAUUGCUGUCUCCACCGCUGCCUCAAUUGCCGUCUCCAUCAUCUUUAAUACCACCACCGCCGCCACCGGCCAUUUCCAUCGUCUCCAUCAACACCACCGCCUCCAUUUAUGCCAAUUCCACAACCUAAAUUAUGUAAAUGACAAAGGAACGAUGUGCGUAUUUAUAGUAUCUGGUUAUGGUGUAUCCAAAUCAUGCGCAUUAUAUGUUUCACUUUUUACUACGAUAUGUAUCAUUUUAGUUCGAUCUGAAUCGAUCAUAUGAUUCCUAAUUUCCUAUACCAUUUUUUAUUUUUAACAGUCAAUUUGUGAAACCCUAUUAUAUACGUAUAGUCCAGUCUUGAACUAAUAGACUUGCAGAUAUUAGGGCGGCUCAAUUUUCCGGCGGCAUAGGAUUUAAUCUAUCAAUGAAUCAUGUGAGGCCGAUCGAGGCAUUAUCAUCAUCUUCAUUGAUCCCGUACCUUCCC